ACCAAAGAGCACAUGGGUCAAGCCGAACGGCGAGUUCUUUCUACUACACAACACAAUUCAUAUCAUAUUUCUCGCCAUACACUCACAGACAGCACAUAGACGAUCUGAUUAAGUCUGCAAUUCACAAAGCCAUGGCGAAAAUGAAUCCAUGCGACAUUUGCCGGCAUUUUAUCAAAUUUACCGCUUGUCUGAAGUCCCCUUUCAAGUUCCAAACACCAUGGCUUGUAUGGAAGCAAGAAACCAAAGACCUUUUCAUCUCCAAACAAGACUGCCCGUUGUGCGCAGCUCUUUGGGAACUGCCAAUCGAAAACAGCCUGAACAAGGCUAGAGAGCGUUUCGUGGGUGUCACAACCGAAAGCUCGCAUCCCAUUUCUCUAAAGGUGCUGGAGGUGAACAACACGGGUCGGAUUCUCUGGGCAAGCCUUGAGGUUUCUUUAGAAAUCGAACGGGAUAAUUUUGUAUAUCUCUCGCGGGUAUCAAUGGGGAUUUCGCCACAGGAUGUCAAUGAUCCAAAUCCUCACCCGCAUUUUUGGACUUCGGGUCGAACACAUCCAUUUCAAACUUUGGCAGAAGACAGAGUACUAUGCGUAAAGACGUGGUUGAAUACUUGUGAGAGCACACAUGGUAGCUACUGCCAACCACGCAAGGGGAAAUUACCCAAACGGUUCAUUGACACAAGACCGGGCCAGCCUUUACGCCUGGUGUCUACUACUAGUGAAGUGUUCCAGCAGGUCUCCGACUCUGUGCGCUAUGCGACAUUGAGCUACUGCUGGGGAGCCUCGAUUCCAUUGAGAACUACGAAAGUCACGGAAGAAGACUUUGGCGUUUCUAUACCUGAGAAUCGUCUUCCAAGAACUUUCCGACACGCGAUAAGAAUCGUCCGCUCUCUAGGUAUCCGAUAUCUGUGGAUCGACUCAUUGUGUAUAAUACAAGACGACCAGGCAGAGUGGGAGCUAGAAGCUUCACGAAUGGGGGACUUCUACGCUGGAAGUAUCAUCACCAUAGCAGCGAGCUACGCGUUAGACAGCGAAGGAGGGUGUUUCCCAGGCGACGAUGAUAGUAUGGAGGCGGUUGUAAAUGACAAAGACUCAGGCCAACUAGAGACUGCCAAUCCUGAACGUACAUCAGGAGCCGAGACAGAUCCUACAGUCCGGAUAUUUGCUUACAAGGAAGAGGACCUGAACGAUUCCUCCCAACCUUUCUCCUCCACGAUGAUACGCUUUCAAUCUCUUGACCCCCGCAAAAUUCCCCAGCAUGCACAUCUCAGCACACGAGGAUGGGCUCUCCAAGAACGAAUCUUGUCACGGAGGAUUAUUCAAUGUCUGAAUUCGGAAGUUCACUGGCAGUGUCAAUAUUGGUACCAAACUCAAGCUGUUCAGACCUUCGAGGUCCCUCACUCCACGGCAAGUGAUUCGACUUACCCAAUUUCGCAAAUUUCUCAAUGGUGGCCUGGGUGGAUCGAAGACUACUCCCAGCGAGACUUCACUAUUGCCUCCGACCGGCUACAAGCUUUCGCUGGGAUUAGCAAUCAUUACGCUGAUUUGGCAUCCAGUAAGCCGAUUCUCGGAGUCUGCCCAGGUAAUCUUGCCCGAGACCUUGCCUGGAUCAGAGAUGGCCUACAAAAAGGCCCUGGAGUGCCGGGCGCACCUUCUUGGACUUGGUUCUCUUGCAACGCCCCGAUUAUGAUGGACGAUUGGGGCUUCAACCUGAAUCGUCGCUUCAAGGUCUCAAAUGAUGUGAACUUGGUCUCUUUUGGCAUCGAGUGGAAAGGAAUACCGAUGACGUCCCAGAUUCAGUCUUGCCAUCUUAUCAUAUGUGGCGUUAUCAAAGAACUUGCAGUCCGCAUACCGCCCGAGGCCAUGAUUUACAAUCCCCCAUAUAUGCUGAUCGAAGACGAAGAGACCGAUUUCUCGAAGGGGCCAAUACCAUGGACCUGCUCAGGACGAUUUGACGAUCCCAAACACCCGACAGAUUCGAGAUCUCCAUACACUUGCUUGCUUCUUAGGACGAGGACGGUCAAUGAGGGCCAAGAUGGCACGUUUAUCAUUGAGACGUUUCUGAUUCUCUCCUCUGAGAAUGGGCCACUGGUAAGGUCGAUUGAGCACAAGAGGUUCCGACGCAUCGGAAUCGCGUCUUUCAGAGGAAAGGAGAAAAUCUUUCCAGACAAUAUCGAAAGAAAAACGGUGUUUCUCAUGUAGGCACAGGAGUCUUGAGGAAAAAAAGUUCCUUGAGCCCCUCGAGUUAAAGCAUGGGAGAGCCGAAGGACGGGAAUAUCUAUCGAUCUCAUGUGUCAUUGGUAGUAUUGAACCAGCUUUGUUGAAACUUGUUUCUGGCGAAUGAAUAUCGCACAUGUGGCACAUGCUGCACAGGAAAUCCUCUCCCUGCCCCAUGCAGUUCGUACCCUUCAGUACCAAGACCCUUUACUCUGUACACUCAUUCCUAUCAAAACUCGUGAGUGAAGUCGGGUAAGCUGUAGCAUAGGCACACCAGCACGGCAGACACAAGUCAGUGCCGUAGUGAGGAAUGAAAAGAC